CAUAAACAAAUGUAAAAAUUACUAUGAAGUUCUCGGAGUUACGAAAGAUGCUGCUGAUGAAGACUUGAAAAAAGCUUACAGGAAGCUCGCUUUGAAGUUCCAUCCAGACAAAAACCAUGCCCCUGGAGCCACGGAUGCUUUCAAAAAGAUCGGAAAUGCUUACGCGGUUUUAAGCAAUCCAGAGAAACGAAAACAGUAUGACCUCACAGGCAGUGAAGAACAAGCUUGUAAUCACCAAAACAACGGCAGGUUCAACUUCCACCGAGGCUGUGAAGCUGACAUAACUCCGGAGGACCUGUUCAAUAUCUUUUUUGGUGGUGGAUUCCCUUCAGGUAGUGUACACUCAUUUUCAAAUGGCCGGGCUGCUUACAGCCAUCAACAUCAGCACCGACACAGUGGACAUGAAAGAGAGGAAGAGAGAGGAGAUGGAGGCUUUUCUGUGUUUAUCCAGCUGAUGCCCAUUAUCGUUCUGAUCCUCGUGUCAUUGUUAAGCCAGCUGAUGGUCUCUAACCCUCCUUAUUCCUUAUAUCCCAGAUCUGGAUCAGGACAAACUAUUAAAAUGCAGACAGAAAACUUGGGUGUUGUUUAUUACGUCAGUAAGGACUUUAAAAGCGAAUAUAAAGGAGCGCUGUUACAAAAGGUGGAAAAGAGCGUGGAAGAGGAUUAUGUGACUAAUAUCCGAAAUAACUGCUGGAAAGAAAGACAGCAGAAAACAGAUAUGCAGUAUGCAGCAAAAGUGUACCGUGAUGAACGGCUGCGGAGGAAGGCGGAUGCUCUCAGCAUGGACAACUGCAAAGAGCUAGAGCGGCUGACCAGUCUCUACAAGGGGGGAUAAGCCGGAAGUCCUGCCUACUCCUCCCGAUGGACUCUGUCUUUUCUGUAAUUUCAUUUUGCAGUGAGGCUGAAGAAAAUUUGAUUAAAGACUAAGCUGAGUAGUUGACUCCUGAAAUCUUGGACUGUUAAUGAUCUACUGGCUCAUUUCAAUAGUAAGAACUGAAAACUAAAUAUUUUAGUAUGCUUCUGCAAUUACUUUCACUUUAAAACCUUACAUGAUUCCUUAUGAUGUCUGGAGAGGAUUAUUACACCUGCAGCAAUUGCCAAUUUUAGUGAUUCUCUAUUAUUCCUUUGCCAUGUAAAUAUUUUUAGAAUGAUUUUGUGUAUAUAUGAGUGCUUGCCUUUUAUUUAAAUUAUUUUAGUGUUUAGCUCCAUGAGACACUUGGCUUAGGCUGAUGGAAUGGAUGUCUAUGACACAGUCAGAUUUUCCAUUAGGUGUUUGGGUGUGUGGAGUUUAAACAACGAAAGUUUCUCAAAAAGAAAAAGCAAAACUUUAUAUAAAAUCUUAUAUCGGCAUAGAAGGAAUUGACAUUUUUAAUAUUGUUCUUAUAUUCCAGAGUAUGUAAUGAGAUAAAUGAACUGGUGUAUACUAUCAGUAUGCUCUUUAGCUUUAUGAACUGCUAAGCCAUACAUAGGAACAAAAUGCUAUAAGAUAGAUUUUAAAGAAAAUAUGAUGAUAAAUAUUAUGCUAAAUGAAUUUUCAAUGAUAAAUUGCAAUUAUGCCAUUCACAAUUCUGGUAAUUAAAGGUUAGCCCCAAAUGUUCA